CUAAUAACAAGGCCGAAUAGAGAGGAAUAGAGCGAGUAUUAUCUGGACUAAUCUGGGCAAUAUCAUGAAUGUCAAUGAUUUCUAACACGGAAUGUUGCGACAUCAUGAUACUAUUUGAAGUGUAAUUUACAACACGAAUGUAGAUAAAUUCCAAACCAGGAAAGUGAUCUCAAUUCAACGACAAAAGGAUAAAAUAAUGAUUCUGCACAAUGCGUGACCGGACAGCAUUAUUCCUGUGCCUCGGCUCAUUCAUCUUUGGCUGCAUGCUGACCAUCAACUUCAUAGCACUAGAUUCCGCUUCGAAACCAAAGCAGCCAGUUCAGGACGCGUCUGUCGCCGAGAUUCUGGAUCAGCAUCUUCUAGUCGUCAUGAUACUGUCCAAGCCGGACAACUACGCGCAGAGAAAUGCGAUUCGAGAGACCUGGGCGUCUGAAAUGGGCCGAGAUUCGAUUUACGUGUUUGUCCUGGGCAAGGAUGGUGACAAGAACCAACUGAGACACGAAGUCAAAAAGUUUGACGACCUUCUGUUCGUGGACACUCAAGAUCGUUACGAUUUCCUCACAACCAAAUUGCUUCAAGGCUUUCAAAAGAUUUCAUCCCAUUACAAAUACCGCUUUUUGCUGAAGUGCGAUGACGAUUCCUUCGUCCGACUGUCAGCCCUUAAGACUGAACUGCAGACUGCGUCUUCACCCCUCUACUGGGGAUUUUUUAGGGGAGACGCCAGGGUGAAAACCACUGGAAAGUGGCGCGAGACCAAAUGGGACCUGUGCGACCGCUACCUUCCCUACGCACACGGAGGAGGUUACGUGCUCUCGUCCGACCUGGUCGCCUUCCUGGCCAACAACCACCAGUUGUGGCGGCGAUUCAACAGCGAAGACACGAGUGUUGGCGCGUGGCUGGCGGCCGUGGAGGCGCAGCGAAAGCACGACACGCGCUUCGACACCGAGCACCGUUCCCGCGGCUGCAGCAACACCUUCUUGGUCACGCACAAACAGACGCCAGAGAUGAUGCACAGAUUGUGGACGCACCUCCAGGACACAGGAGAGCUGUGCGAGAAGGAGGAGAUCCUAGUGCCAGGGUUCGAGUACAAUUGGAGUGUGCCACCUUCAAAGUGCUGCAGCCGCUUCGAUGACGGAGGUGUGUAGCCAAAUUUAUACGCGCGCGAGCGAGCGAAUAAAGUGCCAAAGUGGCUCUCUAAGAAUUUUUAAUCAUGCUUUUCAGUCAGGUUUAACUUUAUUUUACAAAAGUAAACAGAUUUAACCAAUUUGGUGUGUGUUGUGUCUGAUUAGAACAUUUCUUUUUCAGUGUCUCUGUAAAUUAUAUUUGAUGGCAUCACAUUUUUGCACCUCAACUAAGUUAAAAAAAUACUCUCAAAGUCUUGAAUUAACUGUUGUGUCCGAAUUAAGAAUUGGAAGAGUCUCCCAGGAAACUGUCGCAGCGGGUGCAGUAGUGGUUGGCCGUCAUGCAGCUAUCCUUGCAGUAUGGGAUGCAAACGCAAGGCCAGCAU